CGGGCGCUGGGUAGGCGCUGAGGGCUGAGAUGAGAAACCGAGGUUUCGGUUCUGCAGCUAGCAGCGGGCGAGCUGAGUAAAGCUGAAGAUCUCGGUCAGCGGGACGGAAGCUGUGCCUUUCCCUCUGUGAUGAGGGCGUUAAGUGAGGCUGUAAACGCUUGGGUUGGAGGGAAACCCGGAGAAGGCGCUGCUGGCAGUGCGGGGAGAGCUGGUGGUCCCCAUGCUGCCGCCACACACACCUCAGAGCUCAUCAGUGUGCACGUAGAAUGCAAGGGACACUGAUAAAACACAAGUGGAUUUCGAUGAAUGUGAACAUAAUCGUGCAUAAAAGUACCGCACACCAGAAAAAAGUGAUGGCUGUGACCAUCUACGCGAAGCACGUAACUCCUUGCACUGCUCUUCAAUUAUUUUUCCAACAAGCAGCUCUGCAAAAAAUCAGUUUCUGUAGUAAAUCAGACACAGAUAAUACCCUUGAAGCAUAUUUGAGACAUAUGCUUAAAAGCCAACCUUUUCAGAUUCUAGGAGUGGAACAAAAAUCUUAGUCAAAAUUCUAAAAAUAAAACCCUGCAUUUUAAAUUAGGUACCCUUCAUAAGUUGUGUGCUGUCUCAUGCUAGAAAUGUGAAAUAGAAUUUAAGGUGUAUUCUUAUUCCUUUCACUAGUGAUGACAGUCUUGUGAUAAAACUGCUUUACUGCAUAAGAGGCUCCUAGAAAGGAGGCAGAGAAUUGGACUAAAAGAAGUGACAUAAAAGUGCAAAAGCAUUACAGGGUCAUUUAGGAGACAGAGUAUCAACAGACAGUAUUAACAUCUGCAUGAUACCUUAAUCUAAGGUCCCUCUGAAUCCAAACCAAACCCAUGGGUUCAGACUAAUUUCUCAGAGAUUUGGGGAUGAGACAAUUCAAGUCAUACUGCAUGCAUGCUCAGUUGAAUUUUGCAAGUUUCACUCCAUUUCAUACUUGCAACAACUGUGCAAACAGACACUGGAAAAACGUUGGCUUUCAUUUUGACUUUGGCAUGUUGUUGUCUGGCGCUUGCACACUAGUUAUUUGUUCACAUUUACCACAAAUAAUGACUAGAAACCUAACCUGCAACUAGACUGUUAAAGUAACUUCUGGAACGGUUUGUUUCCUUCUCUUUCCUCCACCCCCUUAAGACUUUUUGUCUUGUGGGAUUUGUUCGCAAUCUGCUAGAUGAAGCUCUAAGUCAAGUUUGCCAGAUCUAGGGCUGCAUCAUCGUUCAGCACAUCUGGAAGUGGUUUAUGGGCUCUCAUUCCUUCAGUGCCGCGUCUGGACUCUCUGCUAUUCCUCAGCAGCAGAGAGAAAAGAAAACCAGCACAACUCCAAAGUAAACUUUGAAGAGUUUGAAAAAGGAAUUGAAUCUUAAAACUGUUUCUGUGCCCUGUAAGGCCCUUGUACAGGGGACUUUAAAGGAGGACGAUGGGCAAGGAAGCUUUGGCAAGAGUGCUUACAUCUGUGGGCUAUCUAGGAUCCAAGUAAAAAGCUCUUCAGGAGAAAGGAGUCCCGAAUACUGUGCUGCUUUGAAGAGACCACAGUUCAUAUCCAACAGAACAUAUGGCUCUUUUAAAGAAAAUUAACCAGAUCUUACUGUUACUUCUUGUCUUAACUAUAUGUGCAAUUCUGUACAACAAAGUUCACAAAGUGCCAUCUGCAUUAAAGAAUGAAGCAGUUGACUUGGAGAGUCCUGAGGAAAUGGAAGAAGAAAUCCCAGUCGUAAUCUGUGCUGCUGCAGGCAGAAUGGGUGCAGCUAUAGCAGCAAUCAGUAGCAUCUACAGCAACACGGAGGCUAAUGUUUUGUUCUACAUAGUUGGGCUGAAGAACACCAUCCCUCAUAUUCGAAAAUGGAUUGAAAAUUCUAAACUGAAAGAAAUAAAAUUUAAGGUUGUGGAAUUCAACCCCAUGGUACUAAAGGGCAAAAUCAGGCAAGAUGCAUCACGACCUGAACUACUGCAGCCUCUGAACUUCGUUCGAUUUUAUCUUCCUUUGCUUAUCCAGAAACAUGAGAAAGUCAUAUAUUUGGAUGAUGAUAUCAUUGUUCAAGGUGACAUCCAGGAACUCUAUGAGACUAAGUUAGCUCCUGGACAUGCUGCGGCUUUUUCAGAUGAUUGUGAUCUACCUUCUACACAUGAAAUGGUUAGAAGUGUAGGCAUGCAGAACACAUACAUGGGAUUCCUGGACUACAGAAAGCAAGCAAUUAGAGAUCUUGGCAUCAGCCCCAGCACCUGCUCCUUUAAUCCUGGCGUAAUUGUUGCUAACAUGACUGAAUGGAAACAUCAGCGGCUUACAAAGCAGUUGGAAAAGUGGAUGCAAAGAAAUGUAGAGGAAAACCUCUACAGCAGCACCCUCGGGGGAGGUGUGGCGACCUCUCCAAUGCUGAUUGUAUUUCAUGGAAAGUAUUCUGCUAUUAAUCCUAUGUGGCACAUACGGCAUCUUGGCUGGAGUCCCGAUACCCGUUAUUCGGAACAUUUCCUUCAAGAAGCUAAAUUACUUCAUUGGAAUGGGAGAUAUAAACCUUGGGACUAUCCCAGUGUUCACACCGAUCUCUGGGAAAAUUGGUUUAUUCCUGACCCUUCAGGGAAGUUCAAAUUAACUCGUCCUGACAGCUGAUACUGAAAACACUUAAAUGCAUUUAUACUUUGUUUUGCAGCAUGCAAUAGUUUGAGAAGCAACAUGUCAAAAUGUAUAAUUAACUGAUUUUAGAGAACUAAGUAUUUCUUAAAUAUUGUCAUAAAAUGACCAUCAGUUUUGAGGGCUUAUGGGUGGAGAGGGAGGUGGGAGAGUUAGUUACAGUUCAGAUUAUCCUGACUUUCAAAUAAGGUGAGGAAACAAGUUUACUUGACAAUGAAAUACUUUCAUUAAAUAUUUACAGAGGUGAAAUCAGACAAUGUGUUUUAAUGUAUGAUCCUUAUUUAUAAGACUCCAGUAGCGGCUGACAGAAAACCGACACAGGAAAUACUUGCAAUAUUACAUAUAAGGUGGCUUUAGCCUACUAGCCCCAAUUAAACAGCCCCAAAA